GUCCAGUGCGGACAACAUGAGCGGGCGCGUUGGAGAGUUGAGCGCCGAACAAGCUGCUUGGCUGGCGCAGUUUCGCGACCGAAUCGGAGACAUCCUUCCCGAACUGCCGGCCCAACACGACCACUACCUGCUCCGCUGGCUCCGAGCCCGAAGCUUCAAUGUCCCCAAAGCUGAAGUGAUGAUCAGGAAGCACCUGGACUUCCGGAGGAACAUGAAGGCGGACACCGUCAUUUCCGACUGGACGCCACCUGAGGUGAUCACGCGCUACGUGUCGGGCGGCAUGUGCGGCUACGACAAGGAAGGCAACCCCAUCUGGUACGACUUGGUGGGCCCGCUGGACCCCAAAGGGCUUCUGAUGUCGGCCAGCAAGCAGGACUUCUUGAGGACCAAGAUGCGCAACAUGGAGAUGCUGCAGAGGGAAUGUGAAAAGCAGUCGGAGAAGUUGGGCGUCAACGUGGAGGCCAUCACGCUCAUCUACGACUGCGAGGGUCUGGGCUUCAAGCACAUGUGGAAGCCGGCCAUCGAGACGUACGGCGAGAUCCUCACCAUGUUUGAGGACAACUAUCCGGAAGCGCUCAAGAGGGUCCUCCUCAUCAAAGCUCCCAAACUGUUUCCGAUGGCCUACAACCUGAUCAAGCGCUUCCUCUGCGAGGAGACGCGACGCAAGCUCACGGUUGUCGGAAGCAACUGGCAGGAAGUACUUCGUAAGCACGUGGACGCCGAGCAGCUUCCGGUGGUGUACGGUGGAACCCGCACGGACCCGGACGGAGAUCCUCGCUGCAGAACCAUGAUCAACUACGGCGGCACGGUGCCGCAGUCGUACUACAUCCAGAACUCAAUCAAGGUCCAGUACGACACCACGGUGAACAUCGGCCGCGGCGCCGUCUUGCAGCUGGACGUCCACGUGAGCGCCCCCUGCAGCCUGCUGAGGUGGCAGUUCGCCAGCGACGGGGCGGACAUUGGCUUCGGGGUGUUCCGACGCGCGGCGCCGGGCGGUCAGCAGGAGACGGCGGACGUGUUGGAGGUGCUUCCCAGCCAACGCUACAACGCGCACCUGGUGCCCGAGGACAACAUGAUCACCUGCCCCGAGGCGGGAGUGUACGUUUUGUCUUUCGACAACAGUUACAGCAUCUUGCAGUCCAAGCGGGUCAGCUACACGGCGGAGGUGCUGCCUCCCGCCGUCCGUCCGUCCGUCCGUCCGUCACCUUGACGACCACAGCGGCCGGACUUAGUCAUUAAAUA